GACUGCCUCUGUUUUGUACACUCUUAUUCCUAAUGUACCAUGUGUGUCUCAGCAAGGAACUGGGACGUGCCUUGCUACAAUGUGCUGUCCAGUGCAGCCUCAAGGAACAGUGUACAGUCACCACGUGUUGUGAUAAAGAAGCUGGUAAAGACAGACGGAUGAACGCUUGUUUUGAUGUAAGAAUUGUAUGGCUGAACCGCGAAUCUUUGAUGGCAAUCUACCAUGUCAGUCCUCACUCUGAAGCCGACAUUGAUAAGAUGACCUAAAAAUACCCCAUGUCUAUACAACUGGCAUGGGCAACGCUGUGAUAAACAUGGUUUCAGUGAUAAGAAGAUCCCAUUGUCGGACGCUCCCGAAAACAAGUCUUUAGCUAACAACGUGCUCCAUUACAUGAUGUCGAAGAUUGAACUGGGCAGUGUAUUUAACGACGAUACAGUUGCCAAGACGACCAAGCCAAACAAAGCUCCGAGUUUCUACAAGCACAGGCACUCUUCCACCGACUACCGCGUGGGAUGCACUAGGUACUCAGGUUCUCAGAUAAUCGCUUGUUCUGCCAGAGAGUGGACCUUGGAUGACCAAACUGAAACGAGAGCGCCAAAACUGAACAGUGGUUGUAAGUGUCCCUUACCUGGUGCAGAAAAUGCUCAUGGCGAUAGGUUGUUCGUAAACUUUAAAUCGCGUAGAAUCAGUGUUUAUGACAAUAGUAAAAGCAGGUUUGUCACAUUGGGCUAUUUUUCCAAGCGUUCAGACUUUAGUCUCCUAGCUUUUGAUGCAGAAGAUUGUGUCGUCGUUACCUACAAACACGACAGUGAUGCAGAUUAUGAGGAAGAUUCUGGCCCAGAUGUCAACAUGAUACAAUUAUUCUGUACAGAUGGCUCUAAGCCAAGGCGGUUAGUCACUGGUGCAUUUUGUGGAAUGUACUAUGACCGAUACACCAACUUUUUGUACUAUAUACAGCAAGUCAAAGACAGGUUUGAGCUGAUGUCAAUGAACAUUGCAGGAGACGAACCUAUUUUAAUAGCACCUUUACAUGAAUGUCACUGUCCGAGGGAUUUACAAUAUGUCGCUGGUGACCCAGUCACCAAGGUCAUUGUGUGGCUUUCAUCAUAUGACAAGGGUAAGUCCAAAGUUUCCUACGCUGAAUACACUGGAUCUAAACCUGUCACACCCACCAUCUUGUACGAAGUGCAGGGUGAACUGAAGCAACUCUCGAUUACAGGUGAUCUGCUUCUGUGGAUUAAUUACGACGAUAAUGCCCUGAGAUCCUACCAUCUAAUAUCGAAGACUGAAAAGUACGUGGCUAAAUGCCCAGGAAGGCUACUCUACGAGAAGCCAUCUACAAACACUUACAACAAGACGUUUACAUUUACAUGUGUAGAAAAAGUGAGGUACACAUAUCGCUCCCGAAUGACCAUGUACGACAUGCAAGGAGCUGAAGUUGACGAAUUUGUCCUCCCUUGUAGGGAUCCCCUAUAUGUGGGUUAGGAAAGUCCAAGUUAUCACUCCCAUUCCGAACGCAGGUCUUGAACGAUGCCAACUGAUGAAUAUUUAAGAGUAAUGCCUGGAUCCAAGUUUAACGCACGACUGCACAAUGUUACCAAGGACAAGAUGGAAGUUUCAAUACAUGUAGUAUUUCUUUGUGUAUUAUGUGUAAAUGUCGAAACUGUUUGAUCAGAAGUACAGCAUGCAAAACAUUUAUACUCGUUCCAUACUUGAUUUGGAUUUUCUAAUGAUUCAAGUUGAACUUACCUUUGACUCCCGUGAUAUGUUUUGUAACAUAGUUCUAUCAUUCCUGCUAAUUAAGAUGGUUCAUUCCCAUCGAGUAUCAACCAGUGACUAGCACAACGCCAUGUUUUAUCACCCACUUGUUACGUAUACCACGGUUGGUAGGUUAUGAACCUCACGUAAAAAUACUUAUGAAGAGUGAAAUAAUGUUUUUUAUAUAACGUCAUAACGGUAUAUGAAUUUGAUUGUGUCGCUAAGACAGGUCGUAAAAAUAACCAGGGCUCAGUAAACCUCUGGAAAAAGGACAAAAUGGAAACGUUGACUGGCACUUGUGGACUCAAGCUCGUAACAUAUAGAAACAUUGAAACACAAUGGCCAUUUAACCAGAAGAGCACAUGUCAUUAUUCCAUUUAACUUUGGUUCCAACGCAUCUUUUAUGCUCAUUA